CACAGUCCAAGAAGUUCUUGGAACCAAAAUUCCUCUCAUGUCUGGACCUCCUAGAAAGUCAGAAAGCUGGAGAGGCGUGGGUAACCCUCUUCUAAAGACAGCGUUCGGAUAGGCAUCCUCGAGAUUCCAAAGCAACACGAAAAUGAGUGAUGAGAUUCCAGUUCGGAUUAAGUUACGGAGGCUACGGAGGAGGUGGAGGUGGUUCAUACGCUGCAGCCCCUUCAUAUGGUGCAGCUCCGUCAUACAGUGCGCCAGCACCGUCUUAUGCUGCACCACCCCCACCACCGCCUCCACCGCCACCACCACCACCGCCACCGCCACCACCGCCGGCACCAGCACCUGCCCCAGCACCAGGACCGUCUUAUGGUGGUCCAGCACCAGGACCGUCUUAUGGUGGUCCAGCACCAGCUCCGGCACCAUCAUACGGAGGAGCUGAUCAGGGUGCCGGUGCAGGAGGUCCGUAUGCUUCUCCUGCCAUUGUUGUUCCAGCAGUAGUGGUUCAGCCAGGAGGUGGUGGCGGAUAUGGUGGCGGCAGCGAAGCUGGCGUUUCCGGAGGUGCGGGAGGUUAUCAGGCAGGCGGAAUGGGAGGAGGAGGUGGUGGCUACGGAGGAGCCGUAGGUGGAGGAGAGUAUCAAGGUGGAGGUGCUGCCGUAGGAGGAGGCUCCUACGGACAAGGUGGCGGUGGAGGAGGCGGUGGCGCCUACAGCCAAGGUCCAGCAGUUGGAGUCAGCGGUGGAGGAAGUUACAUGGGUGGCGGAGGAGGAGCUCCCACUUAUCAGCAGGGACCAGUCGAAGCUGAUCAAGUUGAUGUGAAGCCACAACAAGAAUUAAGUAUUGUUACCGAGCAACAGCCACAACAAACUGAAACGCAACCUGAACCUGCGCCUGCAUCGGUUGAUUCUUCAAUUUCUGAUCAUCAAGAAGUAGAUCAACAGCCAGCUCCUGCCCCAGCCCCAGCUCCCGCAAUGACCUCCGUUCCAGCCCCAGCUCCAGCAGUUACUGUUGUAGAAACCGCUCACAUUGUUACUGAGACACCUAAAGAGGAAUCCAGCUAUGAUGAUAUUGUAGAAGAGCAGCAAACUGUAGAUAACAAUCAAGCAACAUCUGGAGCUGCUCCAGCAACGAAUGAAGUCGACUACUCAAAUGAUGCAGCCGACGAAGGAAACUGCGAUGAUCCUGAGCUAAAAGCUAUUGUGGAAGGAGCACUUGCAUCAGAAAGGGACAACCUUGAAGCAGCACGAAAGAUUGAAAGCGACGCCGCCGCUAAGUUUGGCGGACGGUUCAACGCCAUCGUCUCAGACGCUGAGUUCGCUUACGUGAAUUGGUAUGGUAAGCGGAACUGCCAACUGCGCGUCGGAAAUCGUCACUCGCUCACCUGGGAGGACUAAGCAGACUAUACUUGAAUUGCAGUCUGAACAUACACUACACAAAGUCCGCACAAGUGCCUAAAUAAUGCUGCGUUGUGACGCCAGCUGCAUUUCGCAGCAUUCACAACGAUUUUGUGAGCUCACCUCAGAUCUUUACGUCGCUUGUUAUUCUUUCGUUUUGUUUCUAAUCAGUAUUUUUUAAUGUAUGUAGUUGAGUAGUGUGCAUAGUUUAUUUAUGACUGUUUAUGUCAAUGACAUGACUUUAUCUCACUUAUUUCGUUCAAAUCAGCUCUUUUUACUUCUUUCUAAAUCUCAACUUCAUCGUUGUUUCCUUCAGUCGUUAUAAUAUCCAUACAUCAUCAUCAUCGCGCCGUUCAUUCAUAUGUCUCCGUGCCGGCAUCAGAGACUACAUAUAUUUUAUAUCGCCAGAAAUACCGGUGUCUUUCAUCAGAUGCUAUAUGCCUGUACAUUUUGUCGAGAGAAGAUAAAGAUAUUUAAUUUCC